AUGUUCCAUGAUGCCGAAGCAUUGAUGAAGAUCAUACAAGAAUGCAGUUACAUUAAUGGUAAUUUCAUGCAGACAGCAGAGUUGAAGAAUCUUAUGGAGCACCUUCCCAGUGCGGCAGUGCUCUCGUAUCAGUCCGGUGGCGGGGCUCCAAAAAUGGAGUGCGGCCAGUACUUUUGCCCGCAGUGCAUCUUUGGCGUGGGUGCCAGCCAAGAGAGCCAACAUCAUCGACCAACCUCCGCAGGGAACUCAACCGAUAUAUCAACAAAACGCUUGCACAUUGCAAAAAACAGUAGAUUCAGCUCGAUAGGCCAAGAAAUCCGAGUCUCGCGGAUACUGACACCUUCCAGCAAGCAUCAGCAAACCAAGGGACCCACCAAAACUAAGAUAAAACUUCCAUCCACACCCAUGAACCCGAACGCCAAUUCCUUCCAGGGCUUCCGGCCUGGUGCCAAUACCUUCGUUCCAGGAGGUGCCCCACCACCUGGCUCGUCCAACCCCCAGCAGCAGCAGCAGCAGCAUCCUGCUCAAGAUGGAGGAAGCCAACCUCCCUACCCCGGCUACUACCCUGGACAGGGCUACGGGAACGCCCAUCCGAACUACCAGCAGCAAGGAGCACAUCAAAACUAUGGUUAUCAUCAACAAUACCAUCAACCUCAUCAUCAACAUCAACAGCAGCAACAAUACCAGUACCCCGGUGGCUAUGGAGCUCAUCAACAGUACUACCAACAUCCGCAUCAACAACCUCAAUCUCAGUACAACCGUCACCAUCAUCAUCAACAGCAGCAACAACAGCAGGCCCCUGAUAACUGGGAAGAAGAAGCACCCCCUCGUCCGCCUACUCAGCAGCCUCAGGCAUCAUCUGAAGCUACUGCCACAGUCAACAGCAAUGGUUCUAAGACCUUGUCUAUCUCUUCUACAACCCGGCUCAAACAGAUGAACGCCAACUCGGACAAGCCGGCAGUGGUUUCGCUAAACAUUGGGAAAAAGAAAGACCCUGCUCCGGCUCCUGUAGCCAAGCCUGCGACUGACUCCAAGGUAUCAUCAACCGCCCGCUCACAGUCUUCAACACAAGCCAAAAAAGUCAUCACCAUCGGUAGCUCAACUAAGUCUCAAGCACCUACGCCACCCACCGAAAGUGGCACUCCUGACCCCCCUUCAGCCGAUCCAGUUCCUGCCAGUACACCUGCGGUCGAAGCAACAUUGGAUGCAGCUACUAAGACAUUGACGAUUGGAGACGCCCGUCGCCCAGUGCUCGAUGCUGAUGCGAUCAAGAAGGAGGUCGAAGCAGCUGUAGACGAAGAGACCCUGCGAGACUUGUACGAAUCGAAGAAGGAUGACGUUAAAGAGGAUGGCAAGCCGCAUGCGAACCUAGUGUUUAUCGGCCAUGUCGAUGCGGGCAAAUCGACGAUGGGCGGGAACAUCCUCUAUCUGACGGGGAUGGUCGACAAGCGGACGAUGGAGAAACUAGAGAAGGAGGCCAAAGAUGCUGGGAAGGAGUCCUGGUACCUCAGUUGGGCCUUAGAUUCGACGAUCCAAGAACGCUCCCAAGGGAAGACGGUCGAGAUCGGCCGGGCGUACUUCGAGACCGACGCCCGAAGAUACACCAUCUUGGAUGCCCCCGGCCACAAAACUUAUGUUCCGGCAAUGAUCUCCGGUGCCAGUCAGGCCGAUAUCGCCAUCCUCGUCAUCUCCGCUAGGAAGGGCGAAUUCGAAACCGGCUUCGAACGUGGGGGUCAGACUAGAGAACAUGCCAUGUUGGUCAAAACUACCGGGGUCUCAAAACUGGUCGUCGUCAUCAACAAGAUGGACGACAUCACCGUCGAAUGGGACCAAGCUAGAUACGACGAGAUCGUCAAUAAACUGACCCCUUUCCUCAGACUCUCUGGCUUCAAUCCUGCCAAAGAUAUCACUUUCAUCCCUGUCUCAGGUUACACGGGAGCGAACAUUAAGGACAGACUUACUAAGGAUAAGUGUUCGUGGUAUGAGGGACCCUCUCUUCUCGAGCUGCUGGACAACAUGAAGCUCACCGAUCGCAAGUAUAACGCCCCCUUGAUGAUGCCAAUUUCGGAGAAAUACAAGGACAUGGGAGCGGUUGUGGUGGGCAAGUUAGAAUCUGGCAAAGUGACCAAAGGCGAAUCUGUGCUCAUGAUGCCCAACAAGACUUCCGCUGAAGUGUCUGCUAUCUAUAACGAGAUGGAGGACGAGAUUCCUCGAGCACUCUGUGGUGAUAACGUUCGGAUUAGACUCAAAGGGAUUGAAGAUGAAGAUAUUAUGUGUGGUUUUGUGCUGACGGAUGCGCACAAGCCGAUCCACACGGUGACCCGGUUCGAAGCCCAACUAGCCAUCAUCGAUUCCAAGAACAUCAUCUGUGCCGGAUACGGCGCCGUCAUGCAUGUCCACACCUUGGCCGAGGAAUGCACCCUCUCCGCCCUCCUCCAUUACUACGAUAAGAAGACUGGUAAGAAGUCCAGGAGGCCCCCUCAGUUCGCUAAGAAAGGCAUGAAGGUCGUCGCCCUCUUGGAGACCGUUGCGCCGAUCUGCGUGGAAACAUUCAAAGAUCAUCCUCAACUGGGGCGAUUCACUCUACGAGACGAAGGGAAGACGAUUGCGAUUGGAAAGAUCACCAAGCUCUUAGAAAGCGCCAACCCCGACGACCCUUCCUCUACCAAGGCUUAA